AUGGAGCAGGGUCCGUUCGACAGUGACGAUGAAGAGCUCGAGUGGUGGGACAAGCUCCCAUUAGUUCUAGCCGUGACCAGUCUACUUCUCCGACAACAGAGCCGCUGGAGGUGGAAACCAGAGUCACUGGCACACAUGUUUUCCCGGCUUCCCAGAGUCCAGGAAGUCCACUACGAACCGUGGUCGGGACUGGGAAAAUCCGACGCAGAAUUCAACAGACAAAUCCUCAAACGACUCGUCAUCUUCGAGAACUUCAACCAACAGUACCCAGCCAAUAUGCGAAGACGCGAAUUCCUCGGGGGAGAAGAUGUCGGAACACACGCCCUUCGCAAGCCUAUCCGAGAUAUCGGUCAGAUAAUCGCGCUCACCAGCCUCCGCCUCGAACAUCCUGCAGCAUCCUACAUCGCAGACGCCAGCCACUUCUUCGAGAUCCGUCUCGACUGGGCGUGGCCGAACCUGAAAUCGCUUGCUCUCACUGCAAAAGCACUCACGCCUCAUGAAGACUCAAACGAGAUUGAAGCCCUACUACUGGCAGCGGCGGCAGCAGCUAAUAAUAUGCCCCAGUUAGAAACACUGGAGAUUUGGAACGGGCGAAAGGGGUUGGCAGGGCUACUCAGGUAUCAAGCUUUCCGUCCCAAGCGGGAAGCUGUUCAUCUUUGGAGAGGCACGUGGAAGUUGGCCAUGGACUCAUCCGUAAUCCACGCCUGGGACACUGUAACGCAUCAGUAUGAUAUUUUGAGACUCAGGGUAUCUGAGGAGAAGCUGAAUGAAGCUGAUAUCAAGUCUCACGGGGAUGCAAUCCAUCACUUGAGGCUUUCGAGCCGGGUCAUUCGGCCUGUCUCGUUGCAGCAGAUCCAAAUAGAACAGAAAGACUUGGAAGGCGUAGCUACAGUUGAGUAG